AUGGCUGCCGGAAGGUUACUGCUCUAUACGGGCCUCUCGCUAGCGCUCUGCGCCCUCGGCAUGCUGGCCGUGGCCAUCUGCUCGGACCACUGGUACGAGACGGACGCCAGGAAGCACAGGGACAGGUGCAAGGCCUUCAACACCCGCCGGGUCGACCCCGGCUUCAUUUACAACAACAACAACAACUUGCCGCUCCGGGCGAGCCGCUCGCGCCUGGACCGCUGGGAGGGCAAACUCCUCCGGGCCCGGAACCGCCGGCAGCUCUUCGCCAUGAGCCCGGUUGACGAGUGCAGCCGGCAGUACAACUCCACCAACAUGGGCCUCUGGAGGAAGUGCCACCGGCAGGGCUUCGACCCCGAGAUCGCAGCCCUCAUUCGGAAAGGAGAAAUUGAGCGAUGCACGUACAUCAAAUACCACUACUCCUCAGCCACCAUCCCCAGGAACCUCACUUUCAACAUCACGAAGACCAUCCGUCAGGAUGAGUGGCAUGCCCUUCACCUGCGCAGGAUGACAGCCGGCUUCAUGGGCAUGGCGGUGGCCAUCAUUCUCUUCGGCUGGAUCAUCGGCGUGCUGGGCUGCUGCUGGGACCGAGGCCUUAUGCAGUAUGUGGCAGGGCUUCUCUUCCUCAUGGGAGGAACCUUCUGCAUCAUUUCACUGUGCACCUGUGUGGCUGGAAUCAACUUCGAGCUGUCACGCUACCCACGCUACCUGUAUGGACUCCCCGAUGACAUCAGCCACGGCUACGGAUGGUCCAUGUUCUGUGCGUGGGGGGGCCUGGGCCUCACACUAAUCUCGGGAUUCUUCUGUACCUUGGCCCCUUCUGUCCAACCUGUCCCGAGGACCAACUGCCCUAAAUCCAGACCCGAGAAUGGGACAGUGUGCUAA